AUGCGCAUCUACACCACGGAGCUCCUUGCCGCGGUCGCGUUCAUCGAAAGUCUCUCAAGAUACUCUGCCUCAGGUUCGAAGACGCUGCGGCCGGAUCUCCAUUCCAGUGAUCGUCCCAAAGACCGGGUGGGCGACGCCAGCGACGACGGCAUGUCACAAAGCGACGACGAAGCAAAUGGCGAAGACAGGACAGGGACUCAGGAUGUGCACAGUCUCCUUGCGGUGGUUGAACGGGCGCAAAAGCGGACAUACGACCAUGAAAUCCCCGACUUUGAUGCUCAAGGUUGGGAUCGAUUCGUACUUGGACAAGCGGAAGAUCAGGUACACGACCAAAUUAUCCCCACGCUUGCUGCUGAAGAUUGGGAUCAACUCAGACACGCACAUUAUGCACCAGAACGUCUCGAGUCGAGCGGAACCGUGGCGACACCGGUGCUUGAUCUGCCUUCACUCGCGGAAAAAGAGCAGGCACCUGUCGUGGCUUCUCAAUCGGAAGCAGACAGUACGAAAGUCAACGAGCAUGCGCCUGGUGUGGCUUCUCGAUUGGAAGCAGACAGUACGAGGAUCAAUGAGGAAGCGAUUGCUAAGGCAACUCAAUCGGAAGCAAAAAGGAAGAGGGCCAUCGAGCAUGCGCGUGCUAUGGCUCCUCAACCUAAAGACAAACGUACGAGUGUCAUCGAGCAACUGCAACAGAAAACAGAUAAGAACCUUUUGAGCGCAGACCAGUGGAACUCCCUGAAGAAGGGGAAGAAAACACAGAAUUGGACAGCAAAACAGCUGAUGCACGAGCUGGUAGGUAUGUAUUGUGCCAAAGCUGAUGGCUUAACCAAACUCGCGUCUGCUUUGCUAAAAGCUAAGGUGGCUGCUCUGAUCGACGGGAAGAUAUUCACUGCCUUGGAGGCGGCGAUGUUAGAAGCCUGGAAGAACCGCGGCAUCACGUUCGACCGUUCUAUCGACCUUCUGGAGCUCCCCAAGCUGACGAAAGAAAAAGAGAUGACGGACAACAAGUUGCGACUGCUUGAGCGAUACAAAUUUGUGUCCCUCGGCAGUCAACCUGGCCGAGGACAGAAUGUAUAUUUGCACUUACUCAAAAAGCUCAAGAGCGACGGCGACUUUAUUUAUCUACGGACGAUAGCGCAAGCGGGGGAGGAGUCUACCAUCGCGGACGAAAUGCUGAUGUAUUACGCAAACUAUAAAAAACUCAGAGGCACGACCUCUGCUACAAUGAUUAAACGCAUGCGCGCUGCGCAAAUAAGUGAAUCCAUGAUUCAGCGUCUGCCAAGUAAAGCACGCGAGGUUGCACAAGCGCAAUCAGGGGAAAAGCUCAACAUUCAAUGGACUAAUGUUGCGACAGCGUUGGAGACGGCGCUGAAAGAAGACCCGACUAAAGUUGUUAACAAGGCUCUGGUAGAGUCAAAGUCGUCCAGCAACCCGAGCGCGAACAAAUCAAAGAGGAAGGAAGGCGCUUUUCCGACUUACGAGGCUGCACUAGCGUUACCAAAGGAAGACCCGAAACGCCAAAAGACCGUGGGACCUUCCAUUCGACGUUAG